CCGACAAUAACAAGCAGUUCUGAAAUGCGUCAGUUGUAACGACUUUAAGAAAUAAAUACGCGUCGUUUUUGGUUUUUACUCCCAAUAACGCACGUGCCACCGUAUAACAAAACACACAGUGAUCUUCGUUCAGUCUCGAUCCAGCUGCGUAAAACCCGGGAGUGCGAAAUUAGACGGACUCAUAAAUAUCGUUUUUCGUUAGCUUUGGUUUGUUUUUGUGUUUUUGUUUUUUUUUUAUCGCGCGUGGAUGGAGCUGUCUAAAGCGGAGCGGCUGAACGAGCGCGUGAGCGAGCUGCUGGCGGCGGCGGUGCAGCGCGUGCUGGAGGCGGUGCGGGACACCGUGCGGGAGUACGAGGAGAAGAGCGCGCACACGCAGAGGGAGAACGAGCGGCUGCGGAGGAGAGUGCACGAGCUGCAGGAGCGGCUGGACCGGGACACCGCAGUUUCUCACAUCACUGCCCAGCUCACCGUUUCUUCUCCUCCGGCUUCAUUGGUACAGAAGAAACCGUCAUGCUGUCGUCCUGAGGACAUGAUCCCAUCGAGAGACAAGCCAUGUUUCAAAGAGGAACCGCCCAAUGAGGGUCAAAGCGCUUUGUUUCCCGCUGAAAUAAAAACUGAAACCGAACAGGCAGACUAUCCGGGUGUGGAGGAACCCGUGCUGGAACCCGUUCUCCAGAACACCUUCCUCCCCUGCGCACAUUUGCAGUCCCAGGGGCCUCAGAACGAGACGGACUUCCCGCCGGUGGUGCCAGUGCUGUCGCAGUGCAACAACGCGGACACUCUGGACACCUUCGUGGAGCAUUUCCCCUUUGAUGAAGACGGUUGGAGACAGCAGAGCCGGGACGAGCGACACUUCUGCCUCCUGUGUGGAAAAUACUUUAACCGACUCGCCAACUUACGCAUUCAUCAGCGCUGCCACACGGGCGAGAAGCCGUACACGUGCACGCACUGCGGCCGGCGCUUCAGCCACAGCGGAAACCUGCAGAAACACAAGCGAGUGCACACUGGCGAGAGGCCAUACCAGUGCCCGCAGUGCAGCAAGAGCUUCUGCCAGUCCAGCCACCUCAAGAAGCAUCAGAUGGUUCACACAGGGCGACACGUCACCGUCGCCAGGAGGAACAUGGAACUCUGAGGGGAACGUGAAUUUCCGUCCGCUGCACUUUUCGAAAUUUUAAAAAUGUUAAACUUGCAAAUCAUAUUCGUAGCAGUACUGUAACAUAAAACUUUAGCACAGUGUUCGAAAGACUACAUAACACCUACGUAAGCCCUCCAUGACAACGGCAACAAGUCUGCAUGUAUAAAACCUUUUUAACAAAAGCGUGUUCUCUCAUUAUGAUGCCAAGUUUUGGAUAACAGUGAGACAGUUUUGUUGAUGUUGUUAUUGUUGAUGUAAUAAAUUAAUACAGCUUGUGUAUGUUAAAUCAGGCUACUUGAUUUAAAGUAUUAGUGACGCCUUACUACUCGUCAUUAGCCGAGAUAUCCUAGCGAAGGUUUACUGUUUACAGUUAUUCCACAAGGCCAACUUUACAUGCGACCAGAGGUCGUGAAAGCUGACUUUGUAGCUCAGCAACGUGAGAAUAUUCCAUCAUAUCCCAUAUUAUUACGAAAUACUUAAUGUCGUAAGUUUAAUUCUAAACUUUAACUGUUAUGAGCGAUCGGGUUUUAUUAGUAGUCGUAGAGCUUUUAGACAAAUUUUACUGUGUACUGAUGUUUGAAGUCCCCAUUGUUGAUGCUCUCGGCUGAUUAAAGGUGACUAAAAUAAAA